AUGAACGAGGUACCAACAACAGCGACAUCAAUUCCGCCGCGAGAAUAUGGCGCAACGCCGGACACAACACAGUCCGAUUUCCAUCAGCUCAAAGAUCCCAUCAAGCAAGCACAGAUGCGCCAGCAACUGACAACAUACCUCACACAACACAACUACCAAGCAGAGACGCAGCGUCCCCUUUCGCCCGAGACCACAUCUUCGCCGACACAGGAAGACGUAGAGGCGAUGUUCCGUUUCCUCUACCACCGUAUUGAUCCAACCCAUCGUUUCGAGAAGGGUUUGGACGUCGAAGUGCCGCCGCUAUUGGGCAAGAUGGGUUAUCCGUACAAGAACACUAUUUGCAAGGCGCAUUUGGUGGCGGUGGAUGAUGGGAGGCUUUGGCCCGGCUUUGUUGUGAUGCUGCAUUGGAUGAUGUUGUUGGCGAAGGAUGGGGAGCGGCAUUCGAGUGGACGUGCUUAA